UGAAUUUUGAAACGAUGUUGAUGUUUUGGAUAAUUUGGUGUUUUUUUAGAAAAAUAUUCUAAUCGUUAUAACUUUCUUCCGUGUUAAGAAUAUUAAGUUAAGUCAAUGGUUUUUCAUAGCUCAUUAUAUAAGUCAUGAAUGGACAAAAUUUCAUUGCAUUCGGUUCAUUGAAUCCGGAGAUAUAACAGCUCAAAGUUGGCUAUCGGAUAAUUUUACCUUUUUCAAAAAUCUUUAUAACUUCGUGAAGAAUUGUCCGAUCUUUUCCAAAUUUUGUCCACUGAUACACAACUAGUUGAAGAACUCACAGUAAAAAUUUGAAAAUGUUUGAUGCACUUUUCGAAAAGUUACAGUUAAUUGAACAUUUUUUGAAAAGUGAAAAUUUUGCCUGUCCCGAUCAUUUUGUCUAUCCCCUGUAUGAGGGAAGUGGAUUGCUCUUCAGCGUCUUCGUCUGCUGCACUAUCGUAUUACCUUCCGCACCAUGGAGUAGAGAAAGCAGACAGUACAACCACAAAAUUGCGAGUCGUUUUCGACGCUUCGUGUCGAACGGACAGCGGAGUUUCCUUAAAUCAGGCGCUAAUGGUGGGUGCGGUGGUUCAGGACGAUCUUUUCGCCAUACAUCUUCGGUUUCGCAUGCAUAGGAUCGCACUUAUCGCAGACAUCGAGAAGAUGUAUCGUCAAAUACGCAUUCAUCCGUCGGACUAUCCACUGCAGCGCAUACUUUGGCGUAGUUCAUCAUCCGAACCUUUGCGUACUUUCGAGCUUGUAACGGUAACUUACGGUACCGCAUCUGCUCCCUUUCUGGCCACCAGAUGUCUGAAGGAGCUGUCCACGCAAGGUGCUGCCGAUUUCCCACUGGCCGCGUUAAUUUUGGGCAAAGAUUUUUACGUGGACGAUAUGCUCACUGGCGUCGACGAUGAAGAAGAAGGAGAUGAGCUUUGCAAUCAACUGCUGGAACUACUGCAUUCAGCUGGUUUCAGUCUUCGCAAGUGGGCAUCCAACUCCUCAGCUGUUCUCUCGAAAAUCCCUGCCGAACUACGUGACGAACGAUCAACGCUUUCUUUGGACUCGCUUUCAUCCCCAAUCAAAACCCUCGGAAUUCAGUGGCACCCCUCUACCGACACCUAUAGCUACGCUGUUCCAGAGUGGUCCAAGGAAGCUGUCAUUACUCGCCGCGUCGUUGCCUCAGACACAGCCAAACUAUUCUUGCCUCUCGGACUGCUGGGUCCUGUCGUGGUGUUGGCCAAGAUAUUCAUUCAAUCUCUGUGGCAGACCACCACUUCCUGGGACGAGCCGCUGAAUCAGGAGCAGCAGCAAUACUGGUCUGAGUUUCGCAACAGCUUAGGAGAUAUCGCAUCGAUUUCCAUUCCACGAAGGGUAGCGAUCGCUCAUAAUCCCGUCCUGAUAGAGCUGCACGGAUUCUGUGACGCGUCAGAAAAGGCGUACGGAGCCUGUCUCUACGUGCGAACUGUAUCCAGCGACGGCUCAAUCUUCGUCAGACUAAAGGCCGCUAGAUCCAAGGUGGCGCCGACUGGAAAGUCGAAGAAGCAGACUACGCUUACCUUACCCAGAUUGGAGUUAUCGUCAGCAUUACUCCUGGCCCAUUUGUAUCACAAGGUCACCGAAAGCACCGAACUGAAAACCAAACCAUUCUUUUGGACGGAUUCCAUGAUAGCUCUCUGCCAGAUUCGCUCGCCACCUGCUCGUUGGAAAACGUUCGUAGCAAACCGUGUCUCGGAGAUCCAGCGGCUCACGGUUAAUGGCACAUGGGCUCACGUACCCGGUACUGAAAACCCAGCGGACAUCAUCUCGCGUGGUAUGAGCCCCGCCCAACUGAAGGAUACCCCAGCUUGGUGGAAUGGGUGUCAAUGGCUCAGUCAGCCGUCUCGCUUCUGGCCGCCUAUCAACCGUCCAAUCCCCGACGAUCUGCCUACCGCAGAGUUCGAAGAACGCUCGGUGUCACUACCUGUGCAAGCGGCGCAACCCAACGAAAUAUUCGAAUCCCGUUCAUCAUUCUCCAGUUUGGUUCGGGUAGUUGCCUUUCUACACCGAUUCGGACACAAUACUUCGCCUCAAAACCGAACUGACCGGAAGGUCGGGUCUCUCAGUACCCUGGAGCUGAAUAACGCUACGAAGACGCUGGUAAGGAUUGCUCAGCACGAAUCGUUUGGGAAGGACAUUGCCGAAAUCAAGUCAAAGGGACACGUCAGUUCACACUCCGCUUUGAAAACUCUCGCUCCUAUCCUGGUCGACGGGAUUCUUCGCGUAGGUGGUCGGCUGCGCCACGCAGCUAUCUCCGAGGACAGGAAACAUCCUAUGAUCCUACCAGCCCGACACAUACUCACCGAACGUAUUCUGGUUCACUACCACCAGAAGCAUCUACACGCUGGUCCACAACUGCUGGUAGCCUGCGUACGGGAGAAGUUUUGGCCUCUACGAAUCCGAAAUUUGGCUCGGAAGGUGGUGCAUUCCUGUGUGAAUUGCUUCCGCUGCAAGCCCACAAAUCUCGAGCAACUGAUGGGAGACUUACCACCCGAGAGGGUGACGCCAACUCUGCCAUUCUUGAGCACGGGAGUGGAUCUGUGUGGACCGUUCCAGUUUCGUAAGUUGCCUAGAGCCUCUCCAGUAAAAUGCUACGUGGCAAUUUUCGUUUGCCUUGUUACAAAGGCUGCCCACGUAGAACUCGUGUACGAUCUCAGUACAGCCGCAUUUCUAGCGGCGUUGCACCGAUUCGUCGCUCGCAGAGGAAGGCCCAAACUCAUUGAGUGCGACAACGCUAAAAAUUUCAAAGGAGCAGUAAGAGAACUGGCACAACUACGAAAGCAGUUCUAUGGUCAGCAGCACCAGACAGAAGUAAUCUCCAGCUGCGCCGAUGACGGCACCGAGUUUAGAUUCAUCCCACCCCGUAGCCCCAACUUCGGGGGCUUGUGGGAGGCGGCGGUGAAAUCGCUUAAGAAGCAUUUGCGGGCCACGAUUGGAAAUUCGGUGCUCUCCCAGGAAGAGCUCGUAUCGAAGCGUGCCUGAAUUCUAGGCCAUUAACGCCCCUCUCGGCUGAUCCCAAUGACCUGGAGGUGUUGACUCCGGGACAUUUUCUCAUCCACCGACCGCUCACCGCCUUUCCUGAGCCGAACCUGUCCGAGGUACCCAGAAACCGUCUCGACCAUUGGCAAGCCAAUCAGGAAUUACUCCGGCGCGUUUGGAAGCGUUGGACCAUCGACUAUCUCUCGGGCCUCCAUCCACGAACAAAAUGGACUCAGCAGCGCAACAACGUUGCGAUCGGCACUUUAGUGCUGGUCAAAGAAGAUAAUCUCCCACCCUUGAAAUGGAGGUACGGCCGUAUCAUCCGAGUCUGCCACGGCGCGGACAACAACAUACGUGUGGUCGUGGUGCGGACUGCCGACGGCGAGUAUACGCGGUCGAUAUCUAAGAUAUGCGUUCUACCGUUACGCCAGCCCACUCUGGACGAGGUCGACGCAACCAACUCAAGCUCCGAGGACUAAGUUCUUCCAUCGCAUUGCUCCGGCUUUGCGCACCGUGGAGGCCUUCGGGCCUCCAACCAUCCCGGAGCACGCCCAACCCUGAAGAUGACCGAUGUUCGACCGGCCGGCGCGACGCCUGACAGUGUCUACCGAACCUGCAGCGAUCACGGACGGCGUCUGAUGACAUCGAAGACUCAACGUGAAGAAGUUGCAGUCCAGACCGGACGGCGGUGACAGACGAACUCCUGCAGCUAUAGUGAACUUCCCUAGUCUGCACAAACCAGCAUUGUUGCCAAGGUGCAUCGGUUGAAAGUCGACCCUUUCAACGGGGGCCGGCAUAUGUUGGGGCAUGAUCACAUUGUAUAUCUAAUAUUAUUUCAUAAAACUCCAACAAUUGUAUCUCACCCUGUACACUACAACACCUACUAGAUAUAAGUAGAUUCUCUCUCCCAAACCUUCCUUAUCACACGAGCCGACGAUCGUCGGUAUAUACCUAUGUCUCGAUAGGGAUAGGAGAUCGCUGUAAUAAUCAGGCAAUUUAGUGACAAUAAAUCAGUUCAACAGAUCACACAUCAUCCGCACAUUAUUAUCUCUAAUAACGGGAGAGUGAAUAAACUCUACGUGUCGUUCCGUACAAAGCGCGUUUGUUCUGUUCGCCGAGAAAGAACCCCAUGCUCGAGUGCCAACCAGUUUUUCGGAUCUUUGGUGGACCGUUUCCCAACAGUGUCAAUCUAUGAUAACUUUUUUCAACGUUUAAAAAGUACCUAUGUUUUAAGAGUUUGAGAAGCAUUUACAUAUUGUUAAUGUUCGUUUAAAAUUUAAUUCAAUUCGGUUCACUGGUUUCCGAGAUAUGACACCUCAAAAAUGAGUUGUCUGAAAAAUAGUGUUUUACCCGAACGGUUCUAACUUUGCGAAAUAUUAAUCAAUCGAGUCCAAAUUUGUACCAAUGAUGCUUACAUAACAGGUUGACAAGCAGUAAAAAUUUGAGAUGUUUUGAUGCAUCCUAUGAAAAGUUAUAGCUUGUUGAACUUUUUUGUGAGAGAAAAAAAAGUUGCCUAUCCCAAACAUUUUGGCAAUCCCCUGUAUAUCUACUACACUGGUGGUGGACCACUAUCUGGUUGUCGCGCUGACUGAGACUUCUUGAAGAGUCUUUUGUCUACAGAAUACGUCAAUCAACGACUGAUCAGAUGUUUAUCCUGCUGCUGAUCCUUGACAAAUUUGUGGAGUAUAACAUGAAGAUUUAGAGUAACGUAUGAUUCAGUGAAAAUCAAUUAGGUUUGGCAGUUAUUAUGAGAACAUGGUUUUCUGCCGAAACCAAUUAGACUGAAACGCGAAACGUUGGAUGGAUCAACGCAAUCGCGAUUAUCAUCGUUGGUUAAAUCGGCAUCGAAGAAGAAGGUAGUGAGGACAGGCUUGACGAUAAACUUGACCAAGGUAAAGUACAUGAUUACGGAUACCUAGAUGCAGAGGCAGGCCAAGUGGCCAAACGGAUAUCAAAUUCGCUCUAUAAUGCUGAUACAUUCGUUACCCUGGUCACGAGGUGUGGACCCUCUAUGUUGGUAAUUUUAGGAAUGUCACUGUGAAUUAAAAACUUUCCCAAAUUUAAAACCAAUAUAUGAUUACAGAUUUAUUUUACAAAAAUAAAAAUACUUAAGUAUUA